AUGGUUGCCCUAUUCAACAAUCACCGAUCACAAGUGUCCUUGUACCUAUGGGGUGGUUCCAAGGUAUACAAGAAAAGAUUUGUGGCUAAUUUGCAUCGUUUCGUGACCGAGGCUUACUUCCAUAAGUGGCGUGCCACCUAUGCUUCUACCAUACCUGAUGACAUGCAUGUCAAGCUAGUGGAACCUUCAACAGACGAUGUGCCCCGUGUGAACCCAAACUAUCCGGAUGCCAGGAUUAUCACCUUUCGUCCCUUCUAUUUCUCCUUAGGCUUCACAUUCCCACUGCCUAAGUUCUUCAAAAAGGUGAGGUGCUACGAGAUGUAUGCCCAAGUUCGUAUAUGCAAUGCCAAGCUAUUUGACAAUUUCAGCCAAAGAGAUCACAUGUGGCAUGCUGAAGUGUUAGAGGUCAGUGGAAGGUGGGAAGGCAAAGUAGGCAAUGGUCCACUUGUUCCCCUCAUCUACUAUGAUGAGAAGGAUAACAACAAGAAGCUGGAUCUCGAGCCAGACAUGGCUAAGGUCCACACGGCCUUGAACAUCCUUAAGGAGGUUGGUGGUUUGGCCCCUGCCAAGGAUAUUGAGAGGUGGAAGCAGUAUUGCCCAGACUUGGAUGAUUACCCUACCGAACAAGAGAAGUCCUCGACCAAACUCCCUGAAAAAAGGAAGGCUACCCCUUGGUCCUCCAAAGAUGAAGCUGCAACCUCGCGAGCAAGAGAUGUGUCUCUGCUAAGAAAGAAGCUGAGACUUCCUUCUGUUGUGAUCAAAUCUGCUGAGAAGGCUCAAGUGGGAGUUGCUCAUCGCUCAUUUUUCAGGGUCAAGCUGGAACUUCUUGCUCCUGGAUAA